UGACUGGGUAGCGAGACAGAGCUAUAAAAGCCAUUGCCGGAGCUGUCUGUGUCAGUAGCAGAGCUAUAGAGAACCAAGAAGGAAGAACUGUGUGGACAGAUAUAUUGGAUCUCCACUCACACGGGCUCUACUGGGAUUCAAAUACUGGAGAAUUGGAAAACAGAAGCCAAGGCUUGACAGAGCAGCUCUUUGGUACAGACACUGAGUUUCAUCAUCCACGACUUUGGAAGAUUCUAUGAGAGUUUGAUGUGUUUGUGAGAGAACUCUGCUUCACUAUCAGAGAAAGAGCCUCUGACAGAAGAGGAGGCACCCAAUAAAGAGAGAGAAGAACUUUGGGACGCGAAAAAACAACUGCUUUUCACACGUGCUUUCACACUCAGUGCUCCACACAUGGCUGUUGUCCGUCCGAUGCCCAUGGAGACCCAGGGCUUCCACCACAUGGCUGUUGUCCGUCCGAUGCCCAUGGAGACCCAGGGCUUCCACCACAUGGCUGUUGUCCGUCCGAUGCCCAUGGAGACCCAGGGCUUCCACCACGUGCUGCCUGCCCACUUGCUCUCCUCGACCAUGGAGGAGUUCCCCCAGCAGCUCCCCGUCCCCAAGGGGCCCGCCCGUGGCAAGAGUCGCCCCCGUCGGCCCCGUGAGGCCCGCUUCAAGACCCAGCCCGUCACCUUCGCCGAGAUCGCCGAGGUGGAGGAGGAGGGCGCCUCGCCCCUGGAGGAGGAGAGGGCGCGCCGGUCUUUCCUGCAGUCCCUGGAGAACCUUCGCCGGAGCACACAGGCGCUCUACUGCCCAACGACCGGCCGCCGCACAGCCACGCCCCCACAGCAAAGCCUGGACUCCAGUGACUCUGACACUGCCCAGUGAGGGGCGGAGCCUGAGGAGAAAUAGAACGUGUACGCCACCUUCCUGGCACUGACACGCCCCCUUUUCCCUACAAUUUUUUGCUGCACACGGGGGCCCAAUGAACUGAGCUCGACUGAUCUCCAAGCUGCUCCUGUGUAUAUAGAGGCCAUUCUCCUUGAAAAUAUAUGUUUCUACAUACAAAUAUACUGUAUAUUAGCAUAUCGAUAUACACUGAGUAUACAAAACAUUAAGAACACCUGCUCUUUCCAUGACAUAGACUGACCAGGUGAAUCCAGGUGAAAACUAUGAUCCCUUAUUGAUGUCCCUUGCUAAAUCCACUUCAAUCAGUUUAGAUGAAGGAGGAGGCAGGUGGUUAAAGAAGGAUUUUUAAGCAUUGAGACAAUUGAAACAUGGAUUGUGUAUGUGUGCCAUUCAGAGGGUGAGAUAAUUGAGACAUGGAUUGUGUAUGUGUGCCAUUCAGAGGGUGAGAUAAUUGAGACAUGGAUUGUGUAUGUGUGCCAUUCAGAGGGUGAAAAGGGCCAGACAAAACAUUGAAGGUCCAUUGAAUGGGGUCUGGUAGUAGGUGCCAGGCGCACCGGUUUGUGUCAAGAGCUGAAACACUGCUGAGAUUUUCACGCUCAACAAUUUCCCGUGUCUGUCAAGAAUGGUCCACCACCCAAAGGACAUCCUGCCAACUUGACACAACUGGGCCAUCCUUUGUUUACUAGGCAAGUCAGUAGAGACCAUGCCCUGACUAAUUGAGGAUGUUCUGAGAGCAAGGAAGCGAGGGGUUAUUAAUGUUUUGUACACUCAGUGUAUGUGGCUAUGGUAUGCAUUUGAAGCAUGUUUUUGUAAAGAACUCUACCUAGUAAUAUAUAUCACUGGCUGGAUUAUAUUGCUAACGCUUCUCAGAGAAGCUAGGGUUAGCACAUUAGCUUUGACACGGUGUUGAAUACACCUCUUCAGAUAGAUUCCUUUUCUACUGCCCGAGGACUUCAGGACAGGAGGCCUUGUUUGUUUUUUUUGUACCUAUUAUAUUCUGCUUCAAGGAGAUUGAAGUGUAGUCAUGACAACAGCAACAACAACAAAAUGCUCAUUGGAGAUUUGACUGACUAAACUCUGAAAGCAUCGACCGACCACUGAAAGUGAUUCAACGGUAACAACAGUUAGGAGAUACUUUGAAACGCUUUUGGCACAGCUCUUACUUCUGUGUGAAGCUCCACAGAUAGAAAACGACCUCUCAUCCUUCAUCUUGAAGAUAGGAACAAAAAAAAGCGCUUUCCAGACGUGAAAAUAUGUAUUCUCUUAUUUUGUUAAUAACACGCCAAAACUAUACCUUUUAUUUUGUUCGUUGCCUCUUUUGACUUCUUAAAGUCACUCUUGAUUUUUAAGAUAAAUAUCAUUUAUACAUUUGUUUUACAUCUAUAUUUGUUAUGUUGUACUUUAAUAAAUAUUUGCAAAUAUA